GGUAAUUGUCAUGGUUCAGUCAGCCAGUGUUGGAGUGUUAUGGGAGAAUGGAUCCGAAUUCAUAACAUCAGGAGGAGCUGGGGAAGAUCCAUGAGAAGAGUUGGAGAAUCAGGAGUCACCAACUGAUCUGAGCAGCCAGGCACAUCCAGACGAAGGGAGACAUGGAUCUCUCUGCUUUGCCAAAUAACAACCAUCCUGACAAAUUCCUGCAGCUCGACGUGAAGUUGUUGAUGAGGAACUCGGCCCUCCUUCAGGCCAGCCUGGUGAGGUUUCCGGGUGGGAACUACCCUGCGGCCCAGCACUGGCAAAACCUCGUCUACUCACAGAACCCAGGAACAUUCCUCACUAAACCUGAGAGCUGGAGCGACAGGCCCAGGAGAGAAAAGAAGAAUAUUACUGCUCAACGAAUGAGGGGAUCCAGUGUGAAGGGUGCUGUCUUCGUAGAUAGGCCUCCACCAUCUCUCUCAUCAGUUCUGAAGAAUAACCCACUAUAUGGUGAUGUAAGCUUGGAGGAAGCUAUGGAAGAAAGGAAAAAGAAUCCUUCAUGGACCAUCGAAGAAUAUGACAAGCGUUCCCUGCACACAAACCUUUCUGGACAUCUGAAGGAAAAUCCUAAUGACCUACGGUUUUGGUUGGGAGACAUGUACACGCCCGGUUUUGAUACCUUAUUGAAAAAGGAAGAGGAACAAGAGAAGCAUUCAAAAUACUGUCGAAUAGGUCUGAUUUUGCUCCUUGUUGCCUGCAUCUUGGUUUCCAUAGUGACUGUUAGCACAUUUUUCACCUAAAGAAACUGCCACAGACACA